UUCACACAGCGGCGAAAAUGUGUACUAAACGAUUCGUUUCUUCGAGGAUUCGUCUGCAAAUGCCUAUAGUGAUCUCUCCGCAUGGUCGCUCGACUUUAUAUUAGUUCUCACUGUUCGUUUUUACAUCGGUGAGAUUAGAAGAGCAAGGUGAAAUCGAGAGAAAUCCUUGACACUUGAGGAUAGCGAGAAAUUCGCGACAAAAUGACGGGAGCAAGUAGCGCGAGCGUGGCCGGUAGUCCGCUGCCAAAAUGGCAACUCGCUUUGGUUGUUGCGGCGCCGGUAGCGUUGGGUCUUGGUUACAUGUAUUUCAAAAACUCUAAACCGUCAUCGAAGCCCAGUUGCGGUAAAUUGAAAAACAACUUGAAGAAAAAUGGCACGGCAUGCGCCGAUAAACAAAUAUCAAUCGACACAGAGAAUCCACCAAAAAGCACCAAUGAUGCGGAGACUGCAUUGGAAAAAGCUCAGAAAUUAAAAAAUCUAGGGAAUGAGCAAUUCAAAAUAGGAAAAUACGACGAGGCAAUAAGUUACUACAAUAACGCAAUUGAAACUUGUCCACAAGAGAAUUCAGAAGCUAUAGCUACUUUUUAUCAGAAUAGAGCAGCUGCCUAUGAACAACUGAAAAAAUAUAGUAGCGUAAAAGAAGAUUGUACAAAAGCCUUAGAAUUAAAUCCAAGGUAUGCAAAGGCAUUACUACGUCGAGCAAGAGCAAUGGAAUAUUCCAAUGAAUUAAAAUCAGCUCUAGAGGAUGUCACUGCUGCUUGUAUUUUGGAAAAUUUUUCAAAUCAAACUGCAAUGAUGAUGGCAGAUAGAGUUUUAAAACAAUUAGGUAGACAACAUGCAACAGAAUAUUUGGCAAACAAGAAAUUAGUUAUGCCUAGUAAAUAUUUCAUUAAAACAUAUAUUAUUACUUUCCACAAGGAUCCUGUUUUUUCAAUGCUUCAAGAUACUGAUUAUAGUGAUAUAUCGCCGGGUUUUGCUAAAGCUUUACAAUGUGUAAAAGAACAAAAGUAUGAAGAUAUAAUACCAAUCUGUACUGAAGAAAUCAACAGUUCUGAUCCAAAUACAUUGCCACAUAAAAUAAAAGUAUUACUCUUACGAGCUACAUUUUACAUGUUAUUAGGACAACACGAUGCUUCAAUUGAAGAUUUUGAAACAAUUAUAAACGAUGAGAGUGUUUCAAAAGACAUAAAAGUGAAUGUCUUAAUAAAGAGAGCUACCUUAUUUAUGCAAUUAGAAAAUCCAGACAAGUGCUUUUGUGAUUUUGAAACUGCUGCCGGACUUGAUCCUGAGUGUGGCGAUGUUUAUCAUCAUAGAGGACAUGUAAAUUUAAUUAUGGAAAAGAUACAUGAAGCCAGAGAAGAUUUCACAAAGGCUGUUGAAUUCAAUCCUGACUUUGGAGUAGGAUAUGCACAAAAAUGUUACGCGGAUUAUCGUUAUGGAAUAGUAGAGAGAAGUAAAGAAAUGGUAGAAGAAGCCAUGAGAAAUUUUGAAGCUGCCUUUGAGAAAUUCCCAAACUGCUCAGAAUGUUACACUCUCUAUGCCCAGAUGUUAACGGAAUUACAAGAAUAUCAGAAAGCAGACACUUACUUUGCUAAAGCAAUUGAAAAAGAUCCAAUUAAUGCUACAGUAUAUGUACAUAGAGGUUUAUUACAACUACAAUGGCAUGGUAAUGUUGAGAAAGCUAUAGAAUAUAUUAAUAAAGCAUUGGAGAUGGAUGAUAAGUGUGAAUAUGGAUAUGAAACUUUGGGAACGAUUGAAGUUCAAAGAGGAAACGUAGAGGAAGCGAUAAAACUAUUUGAUAAGGCCUUAACAUUAGGUCGCACGGCUAUGGAACUUACACAUAUAUUCAGUUUGAGAAACGCCGCAAAAACACGGCUCACACUAAAAGAAAGAUUAGGUUCUGAUGUAAUGAUGAAUUUCCAGAAUAUUUAAUAAGUUUUUAUAAAUCUAUUCUGAUUAAAUUCAAAAUUUCAAAUUAGAAAUAUAUGUGGUUACCAGAAUUAAAGAAUCAAGUUUCAUAUACGCAAUAUGAACAUAAUUUUGUACAGGGUUUUAAUAGAAGUUCUGCAAUAAUAGAAUCAUUCAUUGAUUUUGCAACUAUACACAUGUGUAUUCGUUCAUUAUUCGAUUCAUAAACUUACCUAUUCUAUGAAAAUUUCAAGUAUAUAAUAAGAAUCGAUCAUGGUUAUUUUGUAAUUACUUUAUUAUAAUAUCUUUUGCCAAUAGUUUCUAUAAAUAAGACUUUUGAAAGUUGCAUUUACGAAAUAUUUAAUUUGUUUUCAUUAUAUCUAAGAUACUACAAAAGAUAAAACGCCUAUUAUUGCCAUAAUCGCUGAUUUAGAAUUUUUGUAACAAAAACUUAUAUACCAUUUGCGUUAUUCGUCUGUUUCACGAAUUUUUCGUAAUUAAUUGUGUUUAGAUUACUUAAGUGUCCUAAAAAUUCUUUGCUAUAUUUAGAAAAGUAUAUUUUAUACGUGUAACUGCUACUGUGAGCGCGCGCGAAAGAUAGAGAGAGAAAGAUAAAAAGCAAUUGAAAACUUGCAUAAUUUAAUAAUAAUUUAUAAUAGUUUAACAAAUCUCAUAAUCAUGAUAAAAAAAACUGUAUUUUGUAUUAUUUUGUGUAUAAAGCUUAUAAAACAUUUUUAAUCAA